AUGGCUUCUUUCGUAUACAACAGCGCUUUCCAGUGCUGCGUGCCCAACCCACUGACCCCUCGAGGAGAAGGCGAAAUACCCACCCCAGAAGAAGAAGCAUUAGCUUGCAAGAUCAACAGGGCUCUGGCGUCUGGACCCAUAUCCAUCACCAAGAAUGCCACCAUCGCCGACUGGAGCCACUGGGGCCCCGAUCGGAAACUAGUCAUACUACGAGAAGGAACAAACCACUGGACAGCCUUCCCCGGAAACGAGAACACAGUCGGCAAUGUCCCGAUGUGCGCCGACCCCAUGGGUCUCCAGUGGAUCCAAGAUGCCUAUGCCGCUAAGCCGGCACCCACGAACACUGCGCCAGGUCUCAUAUACAUGUUGUGCGGAGCAAAUCAGCACACUACCACGAACCCGGCAGACAGAACGAGCCCGGCUAUUCCAAUCGGGCCGCACUAUAUGAUCCUGUGGCCUUUUGAAGCGGAACGAGAUGGGUUUCCGGAUACGAUUCGCGACCAGGGUGCCUGGGUCAUGUUCGACAAAACGCCGUACGCUCAUUUGCACGUUUGUGGUACACCCUGGGCGGGGAAGGAGUACGAUAGGGAGAAGACGAAGGCGAACUGGGAUUUACGUUACGAGGAUAGGACUUGA